AUGGUUACCGCGGAACAGCCGAAGCAGAAAACCGAAAAGGAGUUGAAAAAGGAGGCCGAAAAGGCAGCAAAACUGGCAAAAUUUGAAGAGAAACAAAGAAAACUUCAAGAAAAAGCUGCUGCCGCUACGGCAAAACCAAAAGAAGAGAAAGUGGCAAAGAAAAAGGUUGUUGCGGAAACUUGUCGGCCAAAACUAAUUUUUGGAAAGAGCACUGGUGAAAAGAAAGAUGUAAGUGCCGGACUACUGAACGUAUACGAUCCGGGCUACGUUGAAUCGGACUGGUAUGCAUGGUGGGAAAAGGAAGGCUUUUUCAAGCCGGAGUAUGGUAGACAGAACCCGACAAAGCCAAACCCGAAAGGAAGCUUCACUAUUUGCAUCCCACCACCGAAUGUUACUGGUACACUUCAUGUUGGUCAUGCACUUGCCACGACCGUUGAAGACACUUUGACAAGAUGGUCCGUUGUGUUUCAUACUCCGCCCAGUGACAACUCCGUCCAGAUAUGGUAG